GAGCGGAAGCUGCUGCGCCUGCGCACUGAGCCCGGCCGCUCCCUGCCUGCUGCUUCUGCUGCUGCCCGCCGCUCCGGUACAGGAUGGCGAAGAACACGGUGUCCGCCCGCUUCCGCAAGGUGGAUGUGGACGAGUACGACGAGAAUAAGUUCGUGGACGAGGAGGAGGCGGGAGAAGGACAGCAAGGACCGGAUGAGGGCGAGGUGGACGGCGCUAUCCGGGGAGGGAACAUGAUGGGUGCGCUACAGGCCGUUCUGAAGAAUCCACCCCUUAACGCAAAGAAUCAGUCGGCUAAGGAUCGAGCAGAGAGUCUGGUGCUGAAAGUUCUGGUCUCCUUUAAAGCCAAUGAGAUCGAGAAGGCUGUCCAGUCCCUGGAUAAGAACAACGUGGACCUGUUAAUGAAAUACAUCUACAAAGGCUUCGAGAACCCGUCUGAUAACAGCAGUGCUGUGCUACUGCAAUGGCAUGAGAAGGCUUUAGCAGUAGGUGGCGUGGGCUCUAUAGUCCGGGUACUGACUGCCAGGAAGACCGUUUGAAUGUUCAGCUGGUUGUGAUAGAUGGAAGAACUGGUGCCAAGACCAAAACUCUGAGCUGCAGCCUUUCUGUAGCCAACCAUCCAUUACUUUGUUGUUGCCCACAUUUCUAUUCUCCUUUUUUCUUCAGCUUUUAUUUUUUAUACUGUACGCUGAACAUGUGAGAGUGUGCUGUGAGUGCAGUGCUCUUGUUGACAUGAGUGUUAUCAGCGAACCCUGCCCUCCUUGAGCUGGGCUCUGUUUCUUAGCCAUCACCCUUCCCGUUUCUACAGGUUACAGUGUCGUCUGCUCCAAGUUGAAUUGUAUUGCGCCUUCAUAAACUAAUUUUUUUGUUUAAUUUUUUUGUCCGAGUAAACCCUUACAGCUUGGCUCUUGAAUCUGUCUGAGCCCAUUCCCUUCAUUCCUGCUGCUGCCACACCUUCCACACCAUUAGGAUCAAUCUCUCAGGAGUGGCGUUUUUGCAAUCUAAGGCUUUUAUAUCAUGGAUCAGUGUCCAGAGACCGAUCUAGGCUCGGCCAGUGUCACGCCGGCUGGGUCUGGAUUUUGUUACCAUUAACUCCCUCAGGUUCUAGGUGUAUAAAGGGAUAAAUUAUAUAGCAAAAUAAAUAACUGCUGCU